AUGGAAGUGCCCUGCCUCUCCAGGUCUCCCAAGACGUCUCCCAAACUCAACCGAGACGCCUUGGGCCCUAAGACGGUCAUUGCCUUACUGGAAGUGGAAUCGCUUCGCCCAGCCUCCUGGAGUUCUUGCUCUUCCUUACCCAAAAGCUGCCUUCGAGAGACUAAAACACAGACUACAAAGAAGUGUGAGAAGUUACUAAAAGACAUUAAGGAGAGCCUUCACAACAUGAAAAGGUGCGAAAAGAAGGUCGCAAAAGCGAAAGAGUCCUCGGAGGGGGCGGAAAUCGAGGAGGAGCUGUCAGAACUCAGAGAAAAAGUCAGGGGACUCGACAGAAUAAACAGAACGCUGCUGAAAAGGCUGCUUUUCAACGAGCAGAGUGCGAAGAAACGGAUGAUGAUGAUGAUGCUGGACAACCAGAGCUCGGACGACACGGGAGAAGGUUUGGCAAGGGAUGUGGUCAGUCCUUCCGAAGAAGGAAGAGCCGUUAAAGAAACUCAACUCAGUAAGGACGAAGCAGAGCCUGGAUCCCAUCCUGGUGAAGAAAAAAGCACCAAGCUUCAGAGCAGCAUGGAGCAGAUACUCCGGGAGGCGGAGCACUGGAGCGUGCAGCACGCCGAGCUGAGCGAGCUCAUGAAAUUGUACCAGAAAUUCCAGCACGACCUGAGAGCAAGGUCCGAGAGCAAGGGGAUCCGCUUCCAAACCCCGCCGCAAAACGCGUGGGCCAACUACGAGCUGGAGACGCAGAUGAGGAAGCUGAACCACAACACGCACUCCCUGCAUGUGAUCACGGCCUUGCUGGAGAACGAGUGCCAAAUCAUGCGGCACCGGGUCGCGCUUCUCAAGGAACUCCACCGCCAGAGAGACGCCGCGGCCCUGCGAAGGACGCGGGACCGGAAGGCAGAGAGGUGCAAGCAGAGCAUGCCAAACACGCAAGUGACCUUUCAGAUCAGAGACAGAUUUUAUAAAAACCCGGAUUCUUGCCGUAAGAAGAAAGCCCGUAACAACAGAGUCAGUAGUUGUCUUGCAAAAGCUCUUCGGAGAAAGAAGAGGUCGGUCAGCAGGCUGAGAUAG